GAUUCAGUUGCGCGUCCUUCUCCGUCUCUGCCGAACACGCGCGUGAGGUCAACCAAGUGUUUGCUGGCGGGCGUUAAAAUCUGAUCUCAGGACAGCAAGUGUGCUAAUGUUUCCUGCUGCUCAAAGCCAGUGACGGUGAUGGCGCGGGUCCACAGGCUGCUGGCGUUGGUGGUUCUGCCACUAGUAACUGGCUCACGGAAAUCAUUUUAUCGCUUCAGGAGAGGCUUUGAGGGCAGCUCUCCUCCAGAGUGCGAGCCAAUCGUCGUGUCCUUGUGUCAGAAUCUCUCUUACAGGACCACGACGGUCUUAUUGCCUCACCAUGCCUCCCAGAUAGAAGCCGAAGGAGAUAUUUACAACCGGUUUUCCCCUUUACUGGGAUCCGACUGCUCCCUAGACCUUCGCAGGUUCCUCUGUGGUAUGUACCUACCGGAGUGCGGGGGGUCUGGCCCUGCGUCUGCGCUGCCGUGUCGAGGGCUCUGUCUUGCUGCACGGGAUCGCUGCCAGGGGAGCGGGAACACCUCCUUCUCGUGGCCUGAGACGCUUCGGUGUGACAGGUUCCCAAGGGAGGGCGAGGACAAGGAAUGCUGGAAUGGAAAUGUAAGCAACGAUAUGUCUGGCUUGCAUCCUGGUCCAAAUCUAGGGAUCCAGUCGCGGGGUACAACUGAAAGUCUGAGUGAUAAGUGUGAGCAAAUAGAUAUUAGUUUAUGUCAAGGACUGUCUUACAACUUAACGAUUCUCCCAAAUCUGCUUAAUCAUACAACACAAGACGAAGCAGCUAUGGAAGUUCACCAAUACUUACCUCUCGUCCAAGUGCGAUGUUCUCCAGAUAUUCAGACUUUCUUAUGCAGUGUUUAUGCCCCGGUUUGUAACGCACUAGGACGGCCAACUCCUCCCUGCCAAAGACUUUGUGUUUCUGCAAGGGAUGGUUGUGAAAGUUUAAUGAACCAGUAUGGCCUCCAGUGGCCAACAUCUCUAGACUGUGGCAAGUACCGGGACGAUACAGAGUGUUGGGAUGGCAAUGCACUGUCUCUUUCCAGCGGCAAUGUUGAUAUACGCCAAACACCUCCACCUAAAGAUCUGCCAAGUACUCCACUUCCAGGACCCAAAUGUGAGCCUCUUUCAGUACCUUUGUGUAAAGAUAUGAGUUACAACCAAACGAUUUUUCCAAACUUAUUAAGCCACAGUUCUCAAGAUGAAGCUGCUGUAGAGAUGGACCAAUUAAUUCCUCUUUUACGUAGCAAGUGUUCACCUCACCUGGAACUCUUCCUGUGCAGUAUCUAUGCCCCUGUGUGUACAAUCCUCGAGAAGCCUCUCCCUCCUUGUAGAAACCUUUGUGUGACCUUGAGGAGAGAUUGUGCAGACACAAUUAGAAGGCUUGGAUUGACCUGGUCAGAAAUAUUUGAAUGUGAAAGAUUUCCAUCAGAAAAUGUCUGUGUAGGUGUUGAUACAAGUGUUGAAACUUCUACAACAGUUCCAAGUCAUCAGGAGGAAAGUGGAGGCAUGGUCAUCAGCGACAAAUGUGAGGCUAUAAGUAUACCUUUAUGCAAAGGUUUGUCUUAUAACAUGACGAUUGUCCCAAACCUACUCAACCACGAUUCCCAAGAAGAAGCUGGUCUAGAAGUUCACCAGUUCUUUCCUCUUGUCAAAGUGCAGUGUUCUCCAGAUCUCCAGACAUUCUUAUGCAGUGUUUAUGCCCCAGUUUGUAAUGCACUAGGACGGCCAAUUCCUCCCUGCCAAAGACUUUGUGUUUCUGCAAGGGAUGGUUGUGAAAGUCUGAUGAACAAGUUUGGCUUCCGUUGGCCAGCAUCUCUAGAUUGUGGCAAGUACCCAGAUGGCACAGAAUGUUGGGAUGGUAAUGUACUGUCUCUUUCCAGCGGCAAUGUUGAAAUAGGCCAAACACCUCCACCUGAAGAUCUGCCAAGUACUCCACUUCCAGGACCCAAAUGUGAGCCUCUUUCAGUACCUUUGUGUAAAGAUAUGAGUUACAACCAAACGAUUUUUCCAAAUCUACAGAGCCACAGUUCUCAAACUGAAGCUGCUGUAGAGAUGGAACAAUUCACUCCACUUUUACAGAGCAAGUGUUCACCUCACCUGGAACUCUUCCUGUGCAGUAUCUAUGCCCCUGUGUGUACAAUCCUCGAGAAGCCUCUCCCUCCUUGUAGAAACCUUUGUGUGACCUUGAGGAGAGAUUGUGCAGACACGAUUAGAAGGCUUGGAUUGACCUGGUCAAAAAUAUUUGAAUGUGAAAGAUUUCCAUCAGAAAAUGUCUGUGUAGGUGUUGAUACAAGUGUUGAAACUUCUACAACAGUUCCAAGUCAUCAGGAGGAAAGUGGAGGCAUGGUCAUCAGCGACAAAUGUGAGGCUAUAAGUAUACCUUUAUGCAAAGGUUUGUCUUAUAACAUGACGAUUGUCCCAAACCUACUCAACCACUAUUCCCAAGAAGAAGCUGGUCUAGAAGUUCACCAGUUCUUUCCUCUUGUCAAAGUGCAGUGUUCUCCAGAUCUCCAGAACUUCCUAUGCAGUGUUUAUGCUCCAGUUUGCAACGCGCUAGAACGGCCAAUUCCUCCAUGUCGAAGACUUUGUGUUUCUGCAAGGGAUGGUUGUGAAAGUCUGAUGAACAACUUUGGCUUCCAUUGGCCAGCGUCUCUAGACUGUGGCAAGUACCCAGAUGGCACAGAAUGUUGGGAUGGUAAUGUACUGUCUCUUUCCAGCAGCAAUGUUGAAAUAGGCCAAACACCUCCACCUGAAGAUCUGCCAAGGACUCCACUUCCAGGACCCAAAUGUGAGCCUCUUUCAGUACCUUUAUGUAAAGAUAUAAGUUACAACCAAACAAUUUUUCCAAACUUAUUAAGCCACAGUUCUCAAGCUGAAGCUGCUGUAGAGAUGGAACAAUUCACUCCACUUUUACAGAGCAAGUGUUCACCUCACCUGGAACUCUUCCUGUGCAGUAUCUAUGCCCCUGUGUGUACAAUCCUCGAGAAGCCUCUCCCUCCUUGUAGAAACCUUUGUGUGACCUUGAGGAGAGAUUGUGCAGACACAAUUAGAAGGCUUGGAUUGACCUGGUCAGAAAUAUUUGAAUGUGAAAGAUUUCCAUCAGAAAGUGUCUGUGUAGGUGUUGAUACAAGUGUUGAAACUUCUACAACAGUUCCAAGUCAUCAGGAGGAAAGUGGAGGCAUGGUCAUCAGCGACAAAUGUGAGGCUAUAAGUAUACCUUUAUGCAAAGGUUUGUCUUAUAACAUGACGAUUGUCCCAAACCUACUCAACCACGAUUCCCAAGAAGAAGCUGGUCUAGAAGUUCACCAGUUCUUUCCUCUUGUCAAAGUGCAGUGUUCUCCAGAUCUCCAGAACUUCCUAUGCAGUGUUUAUGCUCCAGUUUGCAACGCGCUAGAACGGCCAAUUCCUCCAUGUCGAAGAUUGUGUGUAUCUGCAAGAAGGGGCUGCAAAACUCUGAUGAAAAGGUUUGGUUUUAAGUGGCCAGAAACCCUGAAAUGUAACAGAUUCCCAGAAGGGACAAAUUGUUGGGAUGGAGAGACAGUAAUGCAUUCUGCUAGCCACUCAAUAGAAACUUCUCUAAAUGUACCAGAUACCCAGUUUUCAGAGGAUAAAUGUGAACUAAUUACUAUACCACUGUGCAAGAACUUAAACUAUAAUUCCACAAUCUUUCCAAACUUGCUUAAUCAUGAUUCACAAGAAGAAGCCGGUUUAGAAGUUCACCAGUAUUCCCCUCUUGUCAGAAUGCAAUGUUCUCCAGAUCUUCAGACAUUCUUAUGCGGUGUUUAUGCCCCGGUUUGUAACGCACUUGGACGGCCAAUUCCUCCCUGUCAAAGACUUUGUGUUUCUUCAAGGGAUGGUUGUGAAAGGAUGAUGAACCAGUAUGGCUUCCAGUGGCCAACAUCUCUAGACUGUGGCAAGUACCCAGAUGGAGGAGAGUGUUGGGAUGGCAAUGCACUGACUCUUUCCAAUGGUAAUGUUGAGGUAAGCCAAACACCUCCACCUAAAGAUCUGCCAAGUACUCCACUUCCAGGACCCAAAUGUGAGCCUCUUUCAGUCCCUCUGUGUAAAGAUAUGAGUUACAACCAAACGAUUUUUCCAAAUCUGCAGAGUCACAGUUCUCAAGCUGAAGCUGCUGUAGAGAUGGAACAAUUCACUCCACUUUUACGUAGCAAGUGUUCACCUCACCUGGAACUCUUCCUGUGCAGUAUCUAUGCCCCUGUGUGUACAAUCCUCGAGAAGCCUCUCCCUCCUUGUAGAAACCUUUGUGUGACCUUGAGGAGAGAUUGUGCAGACACAAUUAGAAGGCUUGGAUUGACCUGGUCAGAAAUAUUUGAAUGUGAAAGAUUUCCAUCAGAAAAUGUAUGUGUAGGUGUUGAUACAAGUGUUGAAACUUCUACAACAGUUCCAAGUCAUCAGGAGGAAAGUGGAGGCAUGGUCAUCAGCGACAAAUGUGAGGCUAUAAGUAUACCUUUAUGCAAAGGUUUGUCAUAUAACAUGACGAUUGUCCCAAACCUACUCAACCACGAUUCCCAAGAAGAAGCUGGUCUAGAAGUUCACCAGUUCUUUCCUCUUGUCAAAGUGCAGUGUUCUCCAGAUCUCCAGACAUUCUUAUGCAGUGUUUAUGCUCCAGUUUGUAAUGCACUAGGACGGCCAAUUCCUCCCUGUCAAAGACUUUGUGUUUCUGCAAGGGAUGGUUGUGAAAGUCUGAUGAACAACUUUGGCUUCCAUUGGCCAGCAUCUCUAGAUUGUGGCAAGUACCCAGAUGGCACAGAAUGUUGGGAUGGCAAUGUACUGUCUCUUUCCAGCAGCAAUGUAGAAAUAGGCCAAACACCUCCACCUGAAGAUCUGCCAAGUACUCCACUUCCAGGACCCAAAUGUGAGCCUCUUUCAGUACCUUUAUGUAAAGAUAUGAGUUACAACCAAACAAUUUUUCCAAAUCUACAGAGCCACAGUUCUCAAGCUGAAGCUGCUGUAGAGAUGGAACAAUUUACUCCACUUUUACAGAGCAAGUGUUCACCUCACCUGGAACUCUUCCUGUGCAGUAUCUAUGUCCCUGUGUGUACAAUCCUCGAGAAGCCUCUCCCUCCUUGUAGAAACCUUUGUGUGACCUUGAGGAGAGAUUGUGCAGACACAAUUAGAAGGCUUGGAUUGACCUGGUCAGAAAUAUUUGAAUGUGAAAGAUUUCCAUCAGAAAAUGUAUGUGUAGGUGUUGAUACAAGUGUUGAAACUUCUACAGCUGGUCCAAUUCAUCAGGAGGAAAGUGGAGGCAUGGUCAUCAGCGACAAAUGUGAGGCUAUAAGUAUACCUUUAUGCAAAGGUUUGUCUUAUAACAUGACGAUUGUCCCAAACCUACUCAACCACUAUUCCCAAGAAGAAGCUGGUCUAGAAGUUCACCAGUUCUUUCCUCUGGUCAAAGUGCAGUGUUCUCCAGAUCUCCAGACAUUCUUAUGCAGUGUUUAUGCUCCAGUUUGUAAUGCACUAGGACGGCCAAUUCCUCCCUGCCAAAGACUUUGUGUUUCUGCAAGGGAUGGUUGUGAAAGUCUGAUGAACAAGUUUGGCUUCCGUUGGCCAGCAUCUCUAGACUGUGGCAAGUACCCAGAUGGCACAGAAUGUUGGGAUGGCAAUGCACUGACUCUUUCCAAUGGUAAUGUUGAGGUAAGCCAAACACCUCCACCUGAAGAUCUGCCAAGUACUCCACUUCCAGGACCCAAAUGUGAGCCUCUUUCAGUACCUUUGUGUAAAGAUAUGAGUUACAACCAAACGAUUUUUCCAAACUUAUUAAGCCACAGUUCUCAAGAUGAAGCUGCUGUAGAGAUGGAACAAUUCAUUCCUCUUUUACGUGGCAAGUGUUCACCUCAUCUGGAACUCUUCCUGUGCAGCAUGUAUGCCCCUGUGUGCACAAUCCUCGAGAAGCCUCUCCCUCCUUGUAGAAGUCUUUGUCUGACCAUGAGAAGGGAUUGUGAGGACCCUAUUAGAAAACUUGGGUCGUCUUGGCCAGAAUUAUUUGAAUGUAAAAGAUUUCCAUCAGAAAAAGUUUGUGUAGGUGAUAUUGGUAAAAGUGUUGACACUUAUACAACAACAUGACCUCCAGGUACUCAGCUUCCAGGACCCAAAUGUGAACCUCUUUCAAUGCCUUUCUGUAAGGGUGUUAGCUACAAUCAAAAUUUUCCGAACUUAUUGAGCCACAAAUCUCAAGUUGAAGCUGCUGUUGAGAUGGAACAAUUCAUUCCACUUUUGCGUAGUAAAUGUUCACCUCAUCUGGAACUCUUCCUGUGCAGUAUCUAUGCCCCUGUGUGCACAAUCCUCGAGAAGCCUCUUCCUCCUAGAAGAAGCCUUUGUGUGACCUUGAGGAGGGAUUGUGCAGACACAGUUAGAAGGCUUGGAUUGACCUGGUCAGAAAUAUUUGAAUGUGAAAGAUUUCCAUCUGAAAAAAAUUUCUUAGGUGUAAUUGGUAGAAAUUAAUCAAGAAGAAAAUAGAAGCAAAGUUAAUUAGUGACAAAUGUGAAGCUUUAAACAGUAACUCUUAUUGUCCUGAUCAAUUACGAUUUGCACAGAGAUACUGAUUUAGUUCACCAGUUUUUCCUUCUUUUUAAGUACUACUUAUGAACUGUUAUGCCCUGCCUUGUAGCCCACAAAGAUUUUGUGUCUGCAAGAAGAGGCUGCAAAAGUCUAAUGAAAAGUUUUGGUUUCCAGUGUCCAAAAUUCCUGACAGAUAUCCGGAUGGAAGGAAUUGAUGGGAAGAUAAAGCCUUUUGUUAAGUUGAUAACAGUGGACCCAUUAUAUCAUUGUGCAAGAAGAUGCUGGAUUAGAAGUCCUCCAAAACCCCAGAACUUCUUAUGCUGUGAAUACACCCCAGUUUGCAACUUAUUAGGAUGGCCAAUUCCUCACUGCUAAAAGUUGUAUUUCUACAAAAGAUAAGAUAAAUAAUAGAUACUUAUAGUAGUAUUAUAGCCAUCAUAAGGAUUUUACAAUCUGUAAAUAUUACAAUGUACAUGAGUGUUGCUCCUAGAGAUUUUUCUGUUUUUAAAACAAUAGAUAGCAUUAAUUUUCAGUUGUGUUGAAAUCAGGAUGAAGCUCUAAAAAAUUAUAAAUCUAAAGAUGUUAGGAAGAAAAGGGUGUUGAGGUAAAAAAAAAAAUGGUCUAAAACAUUCCCAAUUCAUCUGAAAGAAAAGGAAAGAUGCAUUAUAGUGAAAACCCAUGGAUGCAGAGGUCUUACAACAUAACAAUUCUUCAAAACCUAUCUAGUUAUACAACACAAGAACAAGCAGGUGUGGAAAUCCGCCAGUUCUCUCGUCUGAUAAGGGUACAGUGUUCCCCUUUGCCUCCAGGAUACAUUGUGCAGUGCCCCAGCCUAACUCUGGCUGAUUCCUACGUGCCAGAACUUUAGUGUUUCCACAAAUGAAGGCUUUUGAGGAAAUCGGACGAGCAAAGUCUGCAUCCUGGGCCGAAAUUUGGUAAAUAUGGCGAGGAGAGAAAAUACUAAAAUAUCUUCACCUGAUUUCCUUUAGGCUGAACUCCUGCGGCAUGAGAGGAGGCAGUUAGCAUUCAAAAGUAAAGUGAUUUUGCUAACACUCAAUUAAAAAAAACUAGCUUCAACUCUUUGAUUAUUGGUUUGAUAAUUGUAGCUUUGUUUUGAGAUUGUAUUUUGCAAGCUUAGUGCUCUUUAGGGGUUUUCCAUUUUUAUCAUUUUCAUGAGCGUACAAACCUGGGGGGGGGGGGGAUAAACCGAGAUCAAAAAUACACUCUAGAAAAGGGGGGGGGGGGGUUGGUAAAAGAGUAGGCUACUAUUUGCACACUUGUGAAAAUGAUGAAGAAAAUGAAUAACCCCUUACUUAUUACUUUUGCAGUUUUGACUUUAUUGCGUAUCUUAGAUAUUACGACUUUCACAUGUUUGCCUUGACCAUUUUAAUCAAAUAAAUAUGUUAAAACUCC